AGGCAGGGGCCCUGAUUCACUGGCCUCUGGGGCCUGGGUUGGGGGUUGGGGGUGCCCAAGGGCUUGGCUAGUGGGGUUUGGGGGGGCAGUGGGUGCAAGGCGCCUGGCUUGUGACUGCCAGCCGACCGGCAAGUGGACGGCCGGCCGCGCGGUGGGUGGGGGCGGCGGCCGGCUCGGUGGCCCUGGGCCGCGUGGCGGGCGCACGGUGGCCGAGCCAUGGUUUCCAAACUGAGCCAGCUGCAGACGGAGCUCCUGGCGGCCCUGCUCGAGUCGGGCCUGAGCAAAGAGGCGCUGAUCCAGGCCCUGGGCGAGCCGGGACCCUACCUGCUGGCUGGAGAUGGCCCCCUGGACAAGGGCGAGGGCUCGCGAGGGGAGCUAGCAGAGCUGCCCAAUGGGCUGGGCGAGACGCGGGGCUCCGAGGACGAGACGGACGACGAUGGAGAAGACUUCACGCCACCCAUUCUCAAGGAGCUGGAGAACCUCAGCCCGGAGGAGGCGGCCCACCAGAAAGCGGUGGUGGAGACCCUUCUGCAGGAGGACCCAUGGCGCGUGGCAAAGAUGGUCAAGUCCUACCUGCAGCAGCACAACAUCCCGCAGCGCGAGGUGGUCGACACCACUGGCCUCAACCAGUCCCACCUGUCCCAGCACCUCAACAAGGGGACCCCCAUGAAGACUCAGAAGCGCGCCGCCCUGUACACCUGGUACGUCCGCAAGCAGCGAGAGGUGGCACAGCAGUUUACCCAUGCAGGGCAGGGUGGGCUGAUCGAAGAGCCCACUGGUGAUGAGCUGCCUACCAAGAAGGGGAGGAGGAACCGUUUCAAGUGGGGUCCAGCCUCCCAGCAGAUCCUGUUCCAGGCCUAUGAGAGGCAGAAGAACCCCAGCAAGGAGGAACGAGAAACCUUGGUGGAGGAAUGCAAUCGGGCAGAGUGCAUCCAGAGAGGGGUGUCACCAUCACAGGCACAGGGGCUGGGCUCCAACCUUGUCACUGAGGUGCGUGUCUACAACUGGUUUGCCAACCGGCGCAAGGAAGAAGCUUUCCGGCACAAGCUAGCCAUGGACACAUACACCGGACCCUCGCCGGGGCCAGGUCCAGGGCCUGCGCUGCCUGCCCACAGCUCCCCUGGCCUGCCGCCACCUGCUCUCUCCCCGAGUAAGGUCCAUGGUGUGCGCUAUGGACAGCCUGCGGCUAGCGAGGCGGCAGAGGUGCCCUCAAGCAGUGGUGGUCCCUUAGUGACAGUGUCUACACCCUUGCACCAAGUGUCCCCCACAGGCCUAGAGCCCAGCCACAGCCUGCUGAGCACCGAAGCCAAGCUGGUCUCAGCUACUGGGGGUCCCCUACCCCCUGUCAGCACUCUGACAGCCCUACAUAGCUUGGAGCAGACAUCCCCAGGCCUCAACCAGCAGCCCCAGAACCUCAUCAUGGCCUCGCUGCCCGGUGUCAUGGCCAUUGGGCCUGGUGAGCCUGCCUCUCUGGGCCCCACGUUCACCAACACAGGUGCCUCCACCCUGGUCAUUGGCCUGGCCUCCACUCAGGCCCAGAGUGUGCCAGUCAUCAACAGCAUGGGCAGCAGCCUGACCACCCUGCAGCCAGUCCAGUUCUCCCAGUCGCUACACCCCUCUUACCAGCAGCCUCUCAUGCCACCCGUGCAGAGCCACGUAGCCCAGAGCCCCUUCAUGGCCACCAUGGCCCAGCUGCAGAGCCCCCACGCCCUCUACAGCCAUAAGCCUGACGUGGCCCAGUACACACACACAGGGCUGCUUCAGCAGACCAUGCUCAUCACCGACACCACCAACCUGAGUGCCCUCACCAGCCUCACACCCACCAAGCAGGUCUUUACUUCAGACACCGAGGCUUCCAGUGAGUCGGGGCUUCAUGCACCAGCGUCCCCGGCCACCACCAUCCACAUCCCCAGCCAGGACCCUGCGGGCAUCCAGCAUCUGCAGCCUGCCCACCGGCUCAGCACCAGCCCCACAGUGUCCUCCAGCAGCCUGGUGUUGUACCAGAGUUCCGACUCCACCAACGGCCACAGCCACCUGCUGCCAUCCAACCACAGUGUCAUUGAGACCUUCAUCUCCACGCAGAUGGCUUCCUCCUCCCAGUAACUAUGGCAACUGCCUCCCAAGCGCUAGUGCCUGAACUGCCUGCUUAGGGAGUGAGGACAGCAACCACCACAGGUGCCUGGGACACACGGGCCUCCCAAGCUUCUGCUGCCUCCCUGGAAACCUGUGCCUUGGUCCCCAUCUUGCUGGGCCAGCAUCAAAAGAGGACAGAUCAGAGGUGUCCCACCCAGAGGAGGGCUGUGAGUUGCACAAGAGGGGACCACGGAGAGCUGGGAAGCUUGUUCCUGGCAGGCCUCUGCAGGGACUAUUCCAUUGCUUGGGUUAAUAGACUUAUUAUUUGGAACUAAAGGGAGCAGCUUUUGACUCUGGCAUCACCAGUCUGGACCUGUGGAAGCCUGGGGUCGAACAAGCACCUCUGGUGGUCAGAACUCUCGUGACACAAGCUUGUACAGCUGUGACUUGCUGAGCUCCAAGAGGCCCUGGAUCAAUGUGGUCAUGUUGUCACUGAUGUCACCAGGCCACUCCACCUUGUCCCAGCUCCUUCCAGCCAGUGACCCCAUGCCUGUUUGGCCCUCUGCACCACCCACCUGUAUAUGCACUUCCCCAGUGGCUACUCUGCCAGAGCCUGGGGUGCCCAUGCCCAUACCUAAGGUGGGGCGGUGGCUCAAGCUAAUCGGGCAAAGCAGGGCUUUCCCAGCCCCCCUCAUCCUGAGCCAUCCUUCCUGUGGGCCUGUAGGACCACAUUUUCAUGAACACUUGUUCCUCUGACCAUUGUGCCUUCUGAUGCCAGCCUGGCAUCCUGCCUCUACUAGUAAGACCACUUCAGGGCCAAGAAGCUGUCCUUGUUCUUGUGGUGCCUUAUGACUUGUGCCAAGUCCAGGUCCCACAGCAGCAGCCUCUAGAGACUCUGGGAACUAUGGACCCUUUCCUUGUCUGGGAGAUACUACUGAGGUCAGCAAGAAGCAGGGCCCGAGCAAUGGACAGAGCUGAGAUGUCCAGAGGCAGAGAAGAGCAGAGAGAUCAGCAGACAGAAGCUUCCCACGUGACCAGGACUGAUGCUUGGGAGCCCCAGGCAACGGGCAGCCACCCUGAGGAGUCUGAGUCCUCAGUGACACUGGGAGGCACAGGACAGCUGUGUGAACCAGGGCAGGUGUGACCUCAUCGCCUUGGGCCACUGCAGAGAACCUCAGCCUCCUUGGGCUGCCUGCAGCUGGGACUGAGGAGCAGGGGCAGGGACAGCGGUACCCCCUGCAGCUUGUAGCCAGUUAUGGGUGAAGCUGGACAUUUAUUUAACUUUUAGUAAAAUCGAAGAGAUAUGUACAAAA